AGAAGAAACAAAAUUAAAUUCAUCGGUUCGGCUACCGCCAGAGGUUCUCUUCGUCGCUGGCCCCAUUUCUUCAUCUCUCUCUCUCCCUUCUGAUUCUGCUUCACUCUCCACCGCUUCCCGGACUCCGUCGGAAAAUAUUCCGUCCAUUGAUUCUCAACUGCGUUUGCACAACGAUGCUGCGAAUACAUAUAAACAGAGAUAUAGAUAGAUAGAAACAUAUUUUAUACGAUUAUACGCGUUUUUAAUCUUGUAGAAUUUGGGGGAGGCCGAAUUGGGGGAUUGAAUCGGCGAUCCGAUGGGCGACUCCACGGCGGCGGAGGAUUUGAACUACGCGGAGGAGGUUCCUAGGCUGGUGGAGCAAGCUAAGGAGUUGCAGGACGCUGCUGGCGCCCUGAUCUCCCGCACUGCUCGCGAUGAAGAGUCGCUCCGCAAGCGAGCCGCCUCCCUCGAUGCUCACAUCCAAAGCCUUCGUAGCUCCAUCCGAUCUAUGAAGUUGGAUUCCUUACAAGCUGAAAAAUGGGAAGAGGAAUUAAUCAAAGCUAGGUAUAUAUUGAGCGAAGGAGAUGCGGCAGCAUAUCUUCCAAGCAAAUCUCAUGGGCAGUUCUUGAGGAUGUUUCUGGGUCCAGUUAAUGUUCGCGCUAAUAGGAAGGAUGUUCAGUUGAAAGUAAAAGAGGAAUACAAUAGUUUCAGAGAUCGGACAGCAUAUCUCUUCCUUAUAUUCCCAUCACUGCUUCUUGGGUUAAGGUCUUGGAUUUGGGAUGGAUGUCUACCUGCAUUGCCGGUCCAACUUUACCAGGCAUGGUUGCUUUACCUCUAUACAGGUUUAGCUUUGCGGGAGAACAUUUUGAGAUUGAAUGGAAGUGAUAUUCGACCAUGGUGGAUAAAGCAUCACUAUUGUGCUAUGGCUAUGGCACUUAUAAGUCUUACUUGGGAAAUACAAAGGGAACCAAACUGUGCCCAAAAGCAGAGAGGAGUUCAACUUUUCCUGCAAUGGGCAAUUAUGCAAGGUGUUGCAAUGCUUCUUCAAAAUAGAUACCAACGGCAAAGAUUGUAUACACGUAUUGCUCUGGGCAAGGCAAGGAGAAUGGAUGUUGUUUGGGGGGAAACUGCUGGGGUCAGGGGUCAGUUGUUGCUGUUAUUCCCUAUACUAUUCAUUUUGCAGGGGUUUGAAGCAUAUAUUGGGGUCUUAUUGCUUAAAACUGUUGCAAUGGGCGAUGUCUCUGAGUGGCAGGUUGUUACCUGUGGGGUCCUUCUAAUAGUCAUGGCAGUUGGGAACUUUAUUAACACAGUGGAAACCCUUGUCACAAAAUCUAGAGUUAAAGCCAAGAUGAAGAAUAGCAAAAGCAAGCAGGACUUGAAUCCAGAGUCUGUUGCUAAGGCUUUGUGAUUUAGUUUUGGUCGAGGCAUAUGGUAGUCAAAAGAUGUUGCUGCUACAUUGCACGAUUCUCCAACCUUCAGAAGAGCAGGCAUCUGGUGAUAUCUUGCCACCCACUUGUGACUCCAAGACGAUGUUUUCUUUCUAUAGUUGUAUAAACAUCAAAAUCCAUGCUGGAUUAAUCUUAGCCACUAGAAUCUUUCUUCACAUGUCCAAAUUAUGAGAAUUUUGGUAAUUGUUAUUUGUUCUAUGAAAACUUCGAUUAUCCAUGUCAUCA